AUGCAGAGGAAGAAAAGAAAAGAAACACAAACACACACCGCCAUUUUUGCUCUUCCUCCUUCUCCUUCUUACUUCCCCCAAAUUCCUCUCAGUUCAACGAAUUCCAGCCCUAAUUCCACAAAUUAUCUCUCUCUAACUCUCUCCAUUGAGUUUUGCAGAUUCAAUUUUGGCUGCGGAGGAGCUCGAGCUGUUGCUGCAAGUAUGAGAUCGAUUGUGGCGAAUCUGUGGCGGAAAUUCUUCCCCGAGAAGGUCGACCAGUUCGAUCGGCUGCCGGACGAGAUCAUCCUCUCGAUCUUCAAGCGAAUCGGAGACGCCACAGCGCUGGGGCGAUGCUGCGCCGUUUCGCGGCGGUUCCACUCCAUCGCUCCUCAAGUGGACGACGUCGUUGUCCACGUCGGCUCCAUAACCUUAGAGGAGGAAGACCGUGAGCUUGCUUCGUCGCACCACCCGAUCGCCUCCUUCUUCCGCAUUCUCUUCAAUCCCCUGCUGUCGCUGGCUCAGCUCAUCAUCCCCUCGGCGUGCCUGCUUCCGCUUUUGAAGGAUGACGAUGAUGACGAUGAUGAUAAUGAUGAUGAUGAUGAUGAUGAUGAGUAUGAGUAUGAUGAUGAGACGGUCAGUCUCUGGUCUAUGAAGAAUGUUAUGAAGAAUUUCACCGAAAUCAAGCGGCUGUGGAUCGAGCUCUCCGCAGGGGAGGUCGCGAUAAACGACGGCGUUUUGCUGAAAUUGAAGGCGGAAUACAGCUCCACGCUCGAAAGCUGCGUGAUCCUCGCCGCUUCAAGCGUCGCAGACAGAAGCUGCAGCUGCGAUGAUGCUGAAUUGGACGACGACGAUCUCGACAGCUUACACGAGUCAUUCUACAGCGAACAAGGCCUGGAGCAGCGCGUUACGUGGAUCGCGAACUCGCUAAUCGCAACCUCAACCAGGCACCACCUCCUGCACCCGAUGAUCGCGGAGCACAAAACGCUGGAAACUCUGGUUUUAACGGAUGCGGACGGGCAGGGGCUUCUGACCAUGGACAGGGAGCAGCUGGAGGAGAUGAGGGCGAGGCCUUUUACUAGUGCGCCGUUGUCGUCGACGAGGAUUGCUGUUCCGUCUCUGGAGGUGCAGCUGUGGUACGCUCCUCGCCUCGAGAUGCCCGAGGGGGUGGUGCUGAAGGGCGCGACUCUGAUCGCGAUCAGGCCGAGGGAGAGGGAGAUGCCGGUGGGGCCGCUGCUGAGCUGGGCGGAAGAGGAGGGGAAUUGGAUUGUGUCGGCGUUCGAGGGGCCGUAUGGGGAUCCUGCGAGGGUGAUGGCGAAGGAGAGGAGGAUAUACGGCCUUAAUAUAAAUGCUUUCUGAAGAAGGGGCUUGUUGAGGGUGAAGACACCAUUGUUUUAGGUAGUUUCAUUUUUGAAGUGGUUGAAGAAUUGUUCUCUGUUUUCUGUUGCUUUUUACAUUCCAAUAUGGAGUAGUUUUUUGUUUUUGUUAGUUUAUUGUUGUAUGACAUUUGCUUGGUUACUAAGUUCUCAUUCCAAUUGCAUAUGGUUUCGCCGGA